AUGCCUGCAAAUCUGCUAGUCGAUACCCUUUCGUACAAGGACAUGGUUUUUGACUUUGCCUUCCACCCAACCCUCGACAUCAUCGCCACCGGGCUCAUCACCGGACAUAUCAACUGUGUCAAGUACGCACCCGGAGCUGGAAAUAACGAGACCGCGUGGAGCAUUCGUCCCACAAAAAAGUCGUGCCGCGGCCUUGCCUUCAGCAACGAUGGUGCUGGACUUUUCACUGUCUUCAAGGAUGGAGCUAUCAGAGCAUUGGAUGUCAACACGGGAGAUGUUUUGAUCAAAAAGUCGGACGCCCAUGACAACCCAAUCAACGCGGUCAGGUUGCUGACAGAGACGACACUGGCGACAGGAGAUGACAGCGGAGUGAUCAAGUUGUGGGACGUCAGGACAGGAACCGAGACCAUGCAAUACACCGAGCACGACGACUUCAUCUCCGAUUUCGACUACGACACCGACUCCAAGACCCUCGUCGCCUCUAGUGGACAAGGCACCAUCUCGAUCUACGAUAUUCGCAAACCUAAGAUGCUGGCCAUGUCCGCCAAUCAGGACGAUGAGUUGAUGUCGAUCUGUAUUGUCAAGGAUCGUCGUAAAGUCGUUGUAGGAUCGCAGGAGGGAGUGUUGAACAUUUAUAGUUGGGGCGAUUGGGGCGAUUGUACGGAUCGGUUUAUUGGACACCCAAAUUCGAUUGAUACCAUUUGCAAGAUUGAUGAGGAUACUGUCGCCACAGGAUCCAGCGAUGGAAUCAUCAGAAUCAUCGACAUUUUGCCAAACAAGUUUCAAGGAAUCGUAGGAGAGCACGAAGACUUCCCCAUCGAGCGGAUCAAAAUGUCUCACGACAAGACCUUCCUCGCCAGUUGCUCACACGACGACACCGUCCGGUUCUGGGAUGUCCGCUACCUGACCAGUGAGAGAGAGGAUGCCGACGACGAUAGCGAUGAUGCAAAGGACGCAUCUGGAGAUAAGGAUUCCGAUUCCGAUGAUGAUGAUGAUGAUGAGGAUGAUAAGCCAGGAAAGAACGGUGGCGGUAUGGAUGUGGACUCAGAUGAUUCGGACGCGCCCAAGAAGAGCAGUAACAAGCGGCCAAAGAAGCAAGCACCUGCUGCCAAUAACCCUAGCUUCUUUGAUGACCUGUAG